CCACCACGCAUCAACGUGGACAGUCUCCAAACGUCCACAACUACCCAGAUAUGGAAGCUGUACCCUUGUUGCUAAAUAACAUGAAGGCAGACCCUCCAGAGGAUUCGUUGUCUACAGACCAUUUCCAAACACAGACUGAACCAGUGGACUUGUCAAUAAACAAAGCCAGGUCAUCCCCUACAGCAGCUUCAUCUUCGCCAGUCUCCAUAACAGCAUCAGCCUCCUCCCCUUCUUCUACUUCUUCUUCUAGUCGGCCAGCUUCAUCCCCCACAGUGAUAACAUCUGUAUCUUCAGCAGCAUCUGUACCAUCAGUAUUAACUCCAGGUCCCCUUGUGGCCUCUGCAUCUGGUGUUGGAGGCCAGCAGUUUUUGCACAUUAUCCACCCUGUACCUCCCUCAAGCCCCAUGAACUUGCAGUCCAACAAAAUGAGUCACGUGCACCGUAUACCGGUGGUCGUACAGUCGGUACCUGUUGUCUACACAGCUGUGAGGUCACCUGGGAAUAUGAACAACACUAUAGUAGUACCACUGUUGGAGGAUGGGAGGAGCCACGUCAAAGCACAAAUGGACCCCCGAGGCCUAUCUCCCAGACAAAUUAAAAGUGACAGUGAUGAUGACGACCUGCCAAAUGUGACCUUAGAUAGUGUUAAUGAAACUGGAUCUACAGCGCUCUCCAUAGCCAGAGCAGUACAAGAAGAGAGCAUGUGGGGCUGUGCCAGGUCAGCUGUUAACCCUUUUCGUUUUUUCAACUCCAGUUCAAUUUCACCGUUCAGUAUUGAGAGCACAAGACGUCAGAGAAGGUCUGAGUCUCCCGACUCCAGGAAGCGGCGCAUCCACCGAUGUGACUUCGAGGGGUGCAACAAAGUGUACACAAAAAGUUCACACCUGAAGGCUCACCGGAGGACACACACAGGAGAAAAACCCUACAAAUGUACCUGGGAAGGCUGCACCUGGAAGUUUGCCCGCUCCGACGAACUGACGAGGCACUACCGCAAACACACAGGAGUGAAGCCAUUCAAGUGCGCAGACUGUGACCGCAGCUUUUCCCGCUCAGACCACUUGGCGCUGCACCGCCGCAGGCACAUGCUGGUGUGAGAAACGCUCCCCGUCUCCGGCCGCCCUUGAGAGCUGGCUCUCUUAACUCCCCUGAGUGAAUGAAUUCAGCAGGGCUGAAUCCCCUCCUACAGUGUUAACGUGCAGGGCAUUCCGUGGUGUCCCUCUCAAAAAAAAUAAUAAUAA